AUGAUGGGUAUCGGGGAUUACAUCUGUAUAACGGUGCAUGGUGGCGCGCCCUGGGGCUUUCAGAUCCGAGAGAGAGACGAAUCUCACCAUCCCCUUCAGGUUUUUCAGAUUGAGGAAGCCUCUCCUGCUUCCCUGGCUGGACUCUGUGAAGAUGAUGAAAUAAUCUCAAUAAAUGGAGAGUCUUGUGCCAAUCUCACCCUUCCAGAGGCAAUCUCUCUCAUCGAGGCUUCCACUGACAGCUUACAGUUGCUUGUCAAAAGCUGUUGUAAACAGCCCAUAGGGGAGGUGUUUAAAAGCACCGCACAUGUAAUCCCAUCCCCAUACAAGUCCCAGGCACCCAGGGAGCUGUACAUCUCCGAGUCCCAGGAUGAGGCAUACUAUGGGGAGACAGACAGUGAUGCCGAGUGCCCUGGUGGCUCCCGUUCGGUCCAGACUCAGUUUUGCAUACCUGCACCAAGGCAUCAGGCUGGAACGGACAGCCAGGGCUCUAGGGUUGGAGGCAACCAGUUAGAACUCACUCCAGGAUCUGUGGUAGAACUACAGCUGUCUCUCUCCAAACAGAGCCUGGAGGAACCUAGCUGUACAUCGCUAGGCAGCGCCCGUGGAGUAGAGGGAUAUGUCCAUCACAAAGAGACCGUUGAGGCUAUCAGUUCAACCGUCACUACUAGCUGCUCUCUAUACAUCCCCCGGCAAGAAAGAGAGCCUUUGGGCCAACGGGCUGUGUUAGUUCGCUCCCCCUCUUCUAUGCUGGGUCAGGUGGAGGUGACCCUGCAGCACCCAUCGGGGAGGGGCUCUGAGAAGGAAGGGGCGGAUACCUCCGUGCCAGAGUCCAAUAUCAGUGGACAACUUGAUGAUGGAGGGCAAGAAGAAGGAGGGUGCGACGAGGGAGCCCCCGCCUCCUCCAUCUCCACCGUCUGCUUUGAAAUUCCUUCAGAUGAGUGGGAGUCUGAGUCUGACAGGGAGAACAACAAACCAAACAGGCACCGGGCAAGGCACGCCAGGCUCAGGCGGAGUGAGAGCCUGUCUGAGAAACAGGUGAAGGAGGCGAAGUCUAAAUGCAAGCGCAUUGCUCUUCUUCUGACUGCCUCUGUUCCCAACCCCAAUAACAAGGGGUUGUUGAUGUUUAAGAGGCAUAGGCAAAGGGCCAAGAAAUAUACUUUAGUGAGCUACGGAACUGGUGAAGACGAGCCAGAAUACGAGGACGAAGAGGGCGAAGAAAAAACACACUCUGUCAACUUCACCCUUCUAACACCCAGUGAGUCAGAUUUUGAUGACAGUUUCUUCACCAAUGCCCAAAGUCAACGAAGUGUUGUGACCUUUGACUUUGACGCUGGACUACUUGAGAUAGAGCGUAAGCUCGAAAACCAGGAGGAGAUGGAAAAGCUACCUGAAACCAAGGGUAAAGGAGCCCUGAUGUUUGCUCAGCGCAGGCAGCGCAUUGAUGAGAUUACGGCAGAACAUGAGGAGAUGAGGCGUCAGGGCCUCCCUGUUGAAGGGGUGCAUGAGGCUGAGCAGCAGGUGGCUUACCAGCAGAUUGAGGAACACUCUUAUAAGCAGUCCUCAGAGGGUCAGAACUACAUGGACGUGAGUGCGCACCACCAACAGCAACCGCAAUAUCAGCAAUAUCAAGAACCAUACUACCACCAGCAGCAACAACAACACCAUCAGGAAUACCAGCAGAACAUACAAUAUCAGCAACAACAACAACAGUAUCAGCAACAUCAAGAAUAUCACCAACAGCAACAAUAUCAACAACAUCAGCAAUACCAGCAACAGCAGCAGAUGCAACAGUAUUCUUCUCAUAAUAUGAAUGGUAUUUCCCACCAUCAAGCCAUUGACAUGCAGUCAUCCAUCACUAAUAGGAGUGCCAAGCCUUUCUCUGUCCAGAACAGGGUGCCUGCUCCUUUUUCCCCCACUCUAAGUGGCGCGAAUCAAGAGCAAUCUAGCUAUUCUCCGGUGGGACAGGGAGAACAGAUUGCCUCCCGAGAUGAACGUAUAUCUGUGCCUGCAAUCAAGACUGGGAUCUUACAGGAUGCUAGGAAGAGACACACAGCAAAGCCUAUGUUUACUUUCAAAGAGCCUCCCAAGGUUUCACCAAAUCCUGUGCUUUUGAACCUCCUCAACAGAAGUGAGAGGAAAUUGGGUUUUGAGUCAGGCCCAGAGGAAGACUACCUAAGUUUGGGUGCAGAGGCCUGCAACUUCUUACAGUCCCCAAAUGUAAAGCACAAAAUUCCUCCACCUGUUGCCCCAAAGCCUCAUAUAAACCCUGCAUCACCACCAUGGUCACAGGCAGAAAUUGCAAACCAAGAGUUUCCUCAGCCUACUGAAAAUAAUGGUGAGGCUCCAGCUCCUGAGUUUACUGCUGCUCCUGAAAUGGAAGCCUCUCCAGCAGCAGCCCAUGAACCGUCUCCUCCAUCUGCUCCUGAACCCCAAGAGGAUCCUCUCAAGCCACCCACACCAGAGCAGCCUGAAACAGUCCAUGCCUGGAGCCCACCAGAGCCUCAAAUGCAACCAGCCCAGCAACCUGAGGCUUGGAAUGACAAUCAGCCCCAACAACAAAUAAGUGCCCCUGUUUCUUUGCCGCCAGCACAAGUUCAGGCACACCAAGAGGCCCCUGUCAGUACCUGGAGUCCAAAUCAACCUCAAGUACAUCAGCAGCCGCCAGUUAGUGUCUGGGGCCCUACUGAGGGGCAUCCACAAACCUCUACUCAGACUCAGUCACACUCCCAGCCACCUUGGAUAACACAAGCUCAGACCUCCCAAGAGGUGCAAUCUCAGGCAACCAUUCAAACACAGUCACAGCCACAGCCCCCUUGGGUGACACAAACUCAAGCUCAACUCCAGCAUCAACACCAAUCUCAGACCCCUACAAAUGCUUGGGCACCAGCUCAAUGUCAGUCAACCCUUCAACCCUCAUGGGUCCAACCUCAAGAACAAGCACAGCCACCCAUCAGUGCUUGGGCUCCAGCACAAAAUCAAACGCAGCCACCUUGGGUUCAACAGCCACAACAUGAAUCCCAGCCUUUGCCACCUUGGGCGACCCCACCUCAGCAUCAGCCACAGCCCUCGUGGCCUCAAGCACAGAGUCAGCCACAGCCUCAGCCACCUUGGGUAUCUCAGGCCCAACCACAACCACCAGCACAGCCACCUGUAAAUACAUGGCCCCAGCCUCAGAGCCCUGUUCAAGCACAACCUCCUUGGGUUCAACAAGCUCAGCCAGCCCCUCAGGCUCCAACACACAUGCAGUCUAACAUGAAUUCUUGGGGUCCAGUGCCUGCUCAGUCACAACCACAGCCACCAUGGGCUCAACAGCAACAGCAGCCUCCUCAAGAACAUAGCCAGCAAAAGAUGAACACUUGGGCCCCAGAGCAGGAUCAGGUACAGACUGCUUGGGCUCAACCACAGCCGUCAACUCAGACUCAAUCACAGCCUCCAUGGGCCCAUCAGCCUCAACAACAAGCCCCACCGCAGCCACCUGUGAGCCAGUGGGCACCACCACAAUCUCAGCCUGAUCAACAACCACCUAUAGGUUCAUGGACCCCACAAGCUCAGCAACCUCCCAUGAGCACCAUGGCCCCCAGUGAAACUCCCAAAACACCUCCCCAGUCCAUUAAGCCGUGGAAUCAGUCUCCGGCCCCUGCUCGGCCUCCAGCUCAGCGGAUGAAUUCUUACACGCCAGGGACGAAGAUACCAUCUCCCACUCCAAUGGGCAGCAGCUUUUCUUCUCCUGGAGCGGGUUCAUCUUUUGAGAUGCCAGCCUUACGAGGGAAAGGGGCAGAACUGUUUGCAAAGAGGCAGUCCAGAAUGGAGAAGUUUGUGGUGGAUUCUGCCACAGUACAGGCAAAUAAGGCAAGACCCACAUCACCCACUCCCUCCUUGCCAAACUCAUGGAAGUAUUCACCCAAUUGUCGUGCUCCCCCACCUUUAGCGUAUAACCCCCUUCAGUCACCCUCUUACCCACCUGGCGCUAUCAAGCAACCUCCCUCCUCUAGUCCUUCAGCAAAAGCUAAAAAUAAAUCCAAAGAGAAGGAGAAACCACCUCCCAAACCCCUUCAUGUUUUGGAUGUCAUGAGGCAUCAACCUUACCAGCUAAAUUCUUCUCUAUUCACCUAUGGCCCAGCUGCUGAAAAGCUUGCUGCAGAAAAGGAGGCAGCAGAAAAGCUAGCAGCAGAAAAGCGUGCUGCUGAAGAAGCAGCCCAGGCCCAAGCUCAAGCUCAGGCCCAUGCAGCAGCUAUGGCUAACCAAAACCAGCAUGUUAUGUAUGAUCAAAGUCCUGUCCAGCCUUCCGGACAAAUUAAUGUUCCCUAUGGUUUUAUACCUCAACAGCCCCACCAGCCACAGCAACAGUAUGGGAUGGCAGUUAAUUCACCUUCUUUGCAUGAUGGUUCCUAUCACCAAGCCCCUAUUAAUGCCUACCAGCAACCUCCUAACACUUAUCCACCUGCACUUCAUCAGCAAGGUCCCUAUCAGCAAGCAUACAAUCCUUCUUACCAGCAAGUCCCUGCAAAUCCUUACGAGCAGCCCCCUAGCCCGCCUUACCAACAGGCUCCUCAACCCCCUUAUCAACCAGGCCCUAACCCUCCAUACCCACCAGCUCCUUUGCCAUCCUACCAACCAUCUCCCAGUUCUUAUGUGGUGCCCAGUUUCCCAGUAGGCACUAAGGCUGAGUCUAGCUCAGGGGCAACCAUUGUUGCUGCUCCAAAGCCCAAGUUCUCAGCUAAAAAGAGUAACGCCCAGGUGUGGAAGCCAAGCACUGCUGAAAUUGACGAGUAUGCAAGGAGUUCAUCUCUAUCCCCUUCAGCCAGGUUGUCACCGGUAGGCCUCAGUUCCCGAGCUGCAUCAGCCUCCCCAAUUACCCGACCUAUACCCCAAGCCAAACCCCUGCAGGCUGAAAGACAGGUUUUCCGACUGGACAAGAGUCAUAAGCCCCCAACGCCAUGGGAGGCUGCCGCCCGCCACCCUUUGGGCCUUGUAGACGAAGCCUUUGCCUUUCAGAGCCUUCCUCAAUCUAUUGCUUCAAGCGUGCACUCUGCUGCCCAACGGAAGCUCCUACCUGAGCCGCCCGCAGAGUGGAAGGCCAAGGUGGCUUAUGAGCCUCCCCCAAAGAGUCAGGGCUUCGUUCCAAACCGCUCACCCCAGUCUUUCUGCUCCCCCACCAAAAGUACAGCUUCUGCUCCAGCCACUCCCAUGCCAUAUGGAUCACCAGUAAGACAGCCCCAGCCUCAGAGGUCCAUGACGGAGGUCAACCUUGGGUCCUCUUCUUGGACCCACCAGGAGACCAAGAGACCCCCAGGACAGCCAGGCUACAGGUCAGCAUACAAAACCUACUGGAGACAGUAA